CAGCCAUGGCGAGCCGCUCGGGCCUGGAGGACCUGGAGCUGACGGGCGACGAAGUGGAGCGCCUGACCACGGCCUUCCAGGACGAGGGCUUCCGCACGCUCUUCGCGCAGUACGCGGCCGAGCUGGCCGACCCGGAGCAGAGGGCCAUCUACGAGGCCGAGGUGGCGGCCCUGGAGCGCCAGCGGGGCGUCGAGGCCCGCUUCAUCCAUCCCGCGCCGGGCUGGGUGCUGCGGACGAGCCAGGCCGGGACCCGCCGCUGCUACCUCAACGUCUGCAGCAACCCGCUGGUGGGCAGGCCCGAGGCCCGCCCGGAGCCCGGCGGCAGCUGCUGGUCCCUGCCGCACUGCCUGGCGCCGGGCCGGGAGGAGCUGAGCCGGCGCCCGCGGGGGGCUCGCCGCCUCGUCUACGACGUGGUCUUCCACCCGGACACCCUCCGCCUGGCCGCCCGCUCGGCCCGCUUCCGCCGCCUGGUCGACGACACGGCCCUGGAGGCGGUGGAGAAGCACUACUCGCCGGGCCUGGACCGGGCCAACGCCGUCCCUCUCCGCGGCACCAAGUACAAGGGCGUCCCGCAGGCCACGCUGCUCAGGACGCCGCUGCCCGGGGACGCCCCGCCGCCAGAAGCCGGAGAAGGAGGCUCCCCGCUGCUGCCGCCUUUCCCCUCCCCGUACGCCUACCCGCCGGCCCAGCCGGAGCGCGAAGCUCAGCCGCCCAGGCCGCCGCCUCCAGCCGCCGCCGCCGCCGCUACUACCCCGCGCUGGACCCUCCGGCACCGCUCCUACGUGGACCUGCAGGACUACCGGAACAGCCGGGACUCGGCGCCCAGCCCGGUGCCCCGCGAGCUGGUGGUGACCAUCGAACUGCCCUUGCUCAGCUCCGCCGCCCAGGCCCAGCUGGAGAUCCGCGGGCAGGAACUGCAGCUGGACUCGCAGCGCCCCGCCGCCUACCGCCUGCGCCUCCCCUUGCCCUACGCGGUGGACGAGGGCGGCGGCCGGGCCGCCUUCAACAAAGCCAAAAAGCAGCUGGUGGUCACCUUGCCGGUGCUGGCGAAGCCUGGCUCCGGAGCCAUCUCCGACGGCCAAGCCUCGCCAGGACAAAGCGAGGCCCCGGCGGAGGAAGAGGGCGACGACGAGGAGGAGGAAGAAGAGCCGGAGCCGCCUCGGGUUGGCAGCGGCUCCGUUUCCCCCAGGGAGCGGCAGGAGGAGGAGGACGACGACGACGACGCCCCGGCUGAUGACAGCGCGGAACUUUGCCCAAAGCCCGGCAGUGCCAAGCAGGCGCCUCCGGUUUCCCACGAGGACGCAAACAGCGCGUCCCCGCCGGCAUGUGCCGCAGAAAUACCUCCGGCCGCCGACCCAACACGCCCUGCCGUCCCGCUGUGCUCCGACGCGAACGGCCCGGCUCCUCUGGCUGCCCACGUGCCGCCGAGCUGUAACAGUCCGGAGCUUCCGGCGUGUGCUUGGGAAACGGUUCCGACGGCUCCGUGGGCUGCAGGCUUCAGCCUCCUGCCUCCCGCGUGCAACGGGAAUAUCAGCCCGGCGGUUCCAACGUGCAGCGGCGUGGGUUUGUGCGUUUCGCGUGAGGAUACCGGCUCAGUUUCCACCGCGGAGGUCCCUGUGCACCCCAGCAGCUCACCCGGCCCCGUUACUGCUGUAAGUCCGGUGGAUCGCUGUACCUGCAUGGAUCUUAAUCAGUGCUCCGACGUUUUGUCCCCAUCCUGCCCCAGCGAGGAUGGCUCGGGGCAGGAUGUGACCACCUUGUUAGGCCUCGACUGCUCCAAAGUAGACCAGAGGCCUGCGUUGUCUACAAGCACAGACCUCCCUGUGCCCACCAGCCAUGUGGAACUUUCUGUGCCUGCCCCGAGUCCUGGAAACAGAACCGCCACCUCUCCUCCGGUGUCUACAGCAAGCCCCAGCACUGACACAGACACUCCCGUAAACUCUACCAGCUGCCUUGACUCAUCCAUGUCCCCUGCAAGCUCAACUCCUCUCCCCUGCCCUCCUUUUCAUUGCACUCAGGAUGAAAAGGCCUUGACAUUGCUCUUACAGGUGCCAGGCAUCCUUCCCCAAAGCCUUAAAGGGGAGGUUGGCACAAAUCACUACAGGGUUAGUUUUUCCAACAAAGCUUCUGCAGCCUACAGCUACUUCUUUCAGUUUCUUCCAGAAAAUAAAUUGACUCCACCGGAGAUUAGAAUCAAUGUGUCUCCCAAUAAUGCUGUCAUUACCUUGGCCAAGUCUCCCGAGACCACCGGAGUUUGGACAAAACUGUACUUUGGUCCAAAUGUUGAUGCCUUGCAGGAAAGGUGGUUUGUCACCGAAAACAACGUGGACGCGUUUCUGAGCAGUCUUCUGAGAACAACAUCUCACCCCAGCCAGUCCGAGAUAGAACAACAGCCAUUACUUGAAGUGUUGGAUGUCUCAGAGGGCAAAAGUCAGAUCAGAAUAAAGGCACAGGAGCAGAACAGCUGUGAACUUGGCAAAGCAGAAGAAAGAGUUAAUCCUAGGAGAGGGGACGGUGAACAAGAAAAUGGCGAGGGACUCUCAACAGGCGCAGAAAACGGCCCCGUACAACUCGAAAGAGUUUCAGGCUCACUUACAGCCACGGAAACAAUGGGGAGAGUUGGCAAGGAAUCAGGCCAUUGUUUGUUGCUUGACCCCAGUGAUCCCGGCUUGGCAAUUCCUGAGAAGUUGCAGAUAAGUGAACUACAUGAGUCAGAACUUGGUUUCACAACAUGCAAGCGGGUCACGUCUACACUUCAAACGCAGCGUAGCUGGCAGAAGCCUGCCCAAACGGGGGAGAAAGAGGAUGCACAUUCAGAGUCAGCACAGGAUGAAAACGAGCUGGGGAGCAGGCCAGCGCCAGCCCCCACCGCGUUAAAGGAGACCCUGGAAGAUGGGAGCGUGCAGUACAUUACCCAUCACACAACACACUGUGCAGUCGCCUUUCAGAAUGCUUUGUUAUAUGAACUGGAUUAAUUGGGCUGUGUUAAGCUCUUAACUGGGUUUUGCAUCGGCAAGGACCUCAAGUUUAGAUUCUGGGUUUCUAAGAGGACGCCGGGAAGGGAAGAGCCCUGCACACCCUAACCAGAAAUAUUGGGGUUGGGGGGCAGGGGGAGUGGCAACAAAGAAUACAGCAAACCAUCUGCCUCUGGAUUUGAGGUUUGAAAGGUUCAGUUUGUUGCUGGGUGUUUUGUUUUGUUUUAAAAAAGGGCAGUUCAUUAAAGUUGAGCAGAUUUUUCAGUGAAGUGCAAAAUCCAGUUUAGCUGGGAAGCCAGACUAAAUGGGCCACGUUUGAACGAUCCUACCUCCUCCGCUUAUUAAGCCAAGUUUUUAACCAC